AAUACGAUUACGAUAACAAUUACGACUGUUAGUAGUUUAUACACAAGAGAAAGUGAGAAACAACGCUCUCCGCUUAAAUUUCAUUCAUUUAGAAGAAUUGCAAAUUCACGCGGGCGAAGUCGCGGCGCACGUCUCGUGAAUGAUACGUCAUGUACUUGACCUCAAGGGUAUCUGUUGUUUUUCUAAACAUAUUUUAUGUUUCUUAAAUACAGAUCGGACAAAUACAGAAGCGUCUGUCGUGCUCUGUUGCUCAAAACGAAUCCAAGAUGAGGGUGCUGUUAGUUUGCCUGGCAGGCUUACUGGUCUGCCUGAAGACGGCUGAUUCUCACUCAUUGCCGCAAAAGGAUUACGACACUGACUCCAGCAAACCUGACAUUACCAAUCCACUGAAUGACACCAGCGGAAAUAAUAGCAGCUCGGUCCCCGACAACUCCAGCGGAAUCUUUGAUUCUAACACCACAAUAUUCAUCGUGCGUUACGUAACUAGGGGUGACAAGAAAGAGUACAAGGGUAUAUACGCCCACAAGAACGGCAAAGUGAAAAAAAUCUUAGUAGGCGGCAGGGCCUUCUCAGAUUGGUUUUCGAAGUCACGCGCCUAUUUGGGCCAUAAGGACGGUAUCUACGUUUACGACACAGAAACAGAGAAGCUUGAGAAGUACGGCAAUCUGAGUGACAGCAUCAUCGGGAUCUUAAAAGAGAACCGCACCGACGACCUGUACAUUCUGACGGAAGACCACGUCGUCUACAAGGUCAUCGAGGAAGGCACCAAGAAAAUCAAAAUCAACGAAGCUGAGCAUGCUGAGCAAAUAGCGCUGGACUGGGAUGACAACUUGUACUACAUCGGAGCGAACAAUCAACCGUAUGUUGUCACUUCGGACGGUGCGAAGAAGAUCGAAGGUCUUCCAGCUAAUCCAACCUCAGCGUCGUUCUCUAGGGCUCCAAUCACGACAGAACAUAGAUCCUGGUUUAUGUCCGGAAAACAGCCGUACAUCAUCUAUCCCAAUGCGACCAGCGAACCAUACGUAUUCAACGACCAAGAGAAGUUGGAAUAUGAGAAAAGAAUUCGUGCUCUCCAACUUAUUUUCUUACAAUUGAGGAAUCAAGCAGAGGAAUAACGUAUUAUCUUCGGGUUUCGCGUGUUGUAGAGAUAAUUAAAAUGACUUUUACAGACUGACCGUGCCGGACGCAGUCGGCCAUGAACACGAAAACUAAAGAAUUCGUAGCUUUGGGAAUUUAAUAGGGACAAUAACAAACUGGAGGUCAAACUGUAAAAGAAAUUUUACUUAUAGAAAUAACGUGUUGAUGGAAAUGAACGAAUCUUGUGGAA